UUAACCUUCGUAUAGGUUAAAUUUAUUUCGCUCCUACAAAAUUCUAGUUUUCAGAUGGAAAACCACGGACUUUUAAUUUGUUUUUUUAUAUCAAAUUAAAACUCAAUUUAUUAUCUGACCAUUGUGAGUGAUAUCCAGUGUAAAAUGUCUUCGUUACUAAGUGAAACUACAUUUUAAUUCAUAAAAGUAAUUAAACCAAGUUUUUUAUCGCUUUUUUUUGUUAUUUUACAAUUAAGUGACAAAAACUUUUCAUAAGGACAAUUUUAAAUGUAAAUGAAAGUGGCUACUGUUCCAUUCUAACGUCGUUUUACUCAGCAGAAUAGAUAAAUAUAGAAAAUGGGCAAAUAUUUUAAGUGCUGUCAAAACAAAAUAUUUGUAAAUUAUAUAUGUAUCAGAUGUAUAAAUAUUUUUCAUCAGAGUUGUCUCGAGAGGAUGAAAAAUGUUAAAAUUUUGAAGGGGUAUAGGGUGAUCUGUUCUAUCGAGUGUGCUGAAAAAGAUGAUAGCUGUGCCGGAGUUGAAAAUGAUCCUGAAGAGUUAUUGAAAGAGCUAAAUGAACUGUUAGGAAAUAAAGAUAUAGAUAUAGGCAACUUAAAAAAUCUGGAGAUUAACUUUUUGAACUUGACAGAAAAAUUGCUUCAGAUAGGGACGAGUAACAGAUGCUAAUAACUAAUCUAAAGAAUGAAAUUAAAAUUUUAACAGAAAAAAAUAUAGAUAUUAGAGCAGAACUGGAACUGAGUCAGAAACAUUUGCUUGUAAUGGAGAAAACUAAAGAGGAACUAACGGACAUCCAAAAGAGAUUGUUAAUUUAAAUUGAAACCCUAGAAAAGGAUAAAGAAACCUACGAAAACGAGUUGAUAGAUCUGAAAUCGACACUUUGUUAUCGAAAAAACCAAAUGACCACAAAUGUGUUUGACUUAGAGACAGGAAAAAGCCUUUCAAAAACUGUAUUAAAUAAAUGGGAAGUGCAAAGUAUUCCUUCGAAAAACAUAUUAAUAUUAGGCGACAAAGCUGCUAUUAACUUAAAUAAAUAUAUGAGAUGGUCUCCUGGAUUCAAAAGUUUCAACAUUCAAUCUAUUAUUAAACCAGGAGGGAAUUUUGACAAUGUACUGGAUGGAGAAUGUAGCUGAAUUAGUAAAAACAUUUUCAUUAUCUGAUUUUGUGAUUGUGGUAGCAGGUGCUAAUGAUUUUGACAUGUCCAGGGUCCCUAAAUUCAGAAAUAUUUGUUCAAAACUGAAACUAUGUACCCACACUAACUUUAUAAUGGUGGCUGUUCCAAUUUUAAGAAGACACAGUGAC